AUGCGAAAGAAGCGUUCCCACACAUUCCACCAGCCCACCAUAGGGUACCUCGCCCCCCUCCCUGCCAUGGACAGCCCCGUCCUCAGCUCGUGCGACAUCGACGCAGCAGCCAAGCCCCUCCCCGACUGCACCUCUCCACCCUCCCCCGACCAGCCGGAGCCGGAGCAGGAGCAGGAUUUUACUUUUUAUCUCCGUUCUCGUAAACUUCAGCUUGCGGGUGGUGCCACCAGCCAGAGCACAAGCCGAGAUGGACAACUCAUCCCAUCCCCUGGGCCCCUCCCUCUUUUUUUUUUUGGCCGCUUCGGCUUCCUACCGCGACGCUAGGGCCUAACCCAAUAGCCUCGCCCAUCCCCCGGACCCGCCCGGGUUAUACCGCGCUGCUCUCCGCCCCCUCCUAUCCUCCAAUUCCAUCGAUCCAUCCCUCCGUCCUCCGUGCGCGCCCCCGUGUCCCCGUCGUCGCACCACACGUUCCCCCUCCGGGCAUAGGCAGGGGUGG